CGGCUCCUGCCGGGUGGAGGGAUCAGUGUUAUAUUGUUAGGUCUGUUUACGCUCGCGUCACGUGGAAAAGCUGGGUUAGAUUUUCAUAGUUGCCGAGAAGUAUUUCAGAAACCUUCCAAUGGAGACUUUCAGGUUCCAGCGUCGUUGUCGAUGAUGACCCCGCCUGCCGAAGCUCCGCAGCCACUGCAGCAGGCACCACAGCAGCCCGUCCUCAGUCCUCAGCAGAUCCAGGUGCUAGUCCAGCAGCAGAAGGCGCUCAUGUUACACCAGCAACAAAUCCAGGAGGUCUUCAAGAAUCAGCAAGAGCAGAUAAAUAUGCAGCUUUUGCAACAGAAGAAUGCCGGGAUAGUUACUCAAGAGCUUACAGCCCAGCAGAUCGCCAUCCAGCAGCAGCUGCUUCAGGUGCAGCAGCAGCAUCUCCUCAACCUACAGAGGCAAGGCCUGCUGUCUGUGCUUCCCAGCACCCCCACUGUAGCUCCAGGGUGUGAAAAUGGCAGCGUCCUCUCUCCUGGUGGAGAUAUCCGAGAGUCUUCCAGCCAAUCGACCACCAACGGUCAUCACACUCUGAUGAAGAGGAAAGAAAGUGGGUCACAGGAGGAAAGCCCCCAGAACAGCCAUCCUCUGUAUGGAAACGGCAUGUGCAAAUGGCCAGGCUGUGAAACUGUUUUUGGAGACUUUCAGGCAUUCAUGAAACAUUUGAACAGCGACCACACACUUGACGACAAGAGUACGGCGCAGUGCCGUGUGCAGAUGCAGGUUGUUCAACAGCUGGAGCUGCAGCUGAAGAAAGACAAGGAGCGACUGCAAGCUAUGAUGGCUCAUCUCAAAUCCUCUGAACCCAAACCUGCAGCUCAGCCCGUGAAUCUGGCGUCUAAUGUGUCUUUCACCCCGGUGACAUUGCCCAAAGCCCCUCCUCCUAUGAGUCUUUCUCAGAGUGCCACAGCCCCCUCCACGCCCCUCACACCGCUCUCUGACUCGCCGUCAGUCCUCACCCCCAACAGCUUGUUCACCAGCACUCCUGUACGGAGGCGAUACAGCCGCUCUGUCAGCCAAGAUAUAAUUGAUAAUAAAGAGUUCUACCUGAGCACAGAGGUUAGACCUCCAUUUACAUAUGCGUCCCUCAUAAGACAGGCUAUAUUUGAAUCGCCUCGCAAUCAGCUGACGUUAAACGAAAUCUACAACUGGUUCACCAGGAACUUUGCAUAUUUCAGGCGCAAUGCAGCUACUUGGAAGAAUGCUGUCAGACACAACCUCAGUCUGCAUAAAUGCUUUGUGCGCCUGGAGAACGUGAAGGGAGCCGUGUGGACGGUAGACGAGAUCGAGUUCCACCGACGGCGGCCUCAGAAGGCUGCUGGUAACGGAUCUCUGCUGAAGAACUCUCAAAGUCGCCAGAGCUUGCCCGGGUCUGCUCUUCAGAAUGCUGGUCUAGAUGGAAACAGCUGCCUGUACAACCCGGCCUCGAUAGGUAGCAUCGCGCUGCACUCGCUGCCUCACGUUCUCCAGGAGCAGAUGAACGGAGCGCUGGCUAACGGAUGUGGCUACCAAAGUGACAGCAGCACAACACAGUCUCCUCCUCAAGCUUUUAUUAAAGAAGAGCAGGAGGACGAGGAGAUCAGCGAAAACUAUCCCUACGAGUCUCCGGAGAGCACAGACGAGCACGGCCACAGCCCCGAAAUGCUCCAGGAGGAAAUCAACGGCAGCCCGGAGAGGUCUGAGCUUCAUUUCGAUCGUGUGCCUUCUCUCUGACGAUUAGGUCCAGCUUCUCCACGGCGACGCCAAAUGUCUCACAACAUGUGUGAAGUGGCAUUCCAGAAAGCAGCGGCUUCAUCUAUGUAACCAAACACUCUGUCCUUUAGAGUUUUGUUUUCCUUCUUUUUUUUAUUAUUAUUAUAAAAAUUUUGGAGCAUUAGUUUUUGUUUGGUAAUAUAGCUCUCAGCUGUUUUUGUACAGGUGAUUGAGAUCACAAUAAGACGUUUGUGAAACUGUUUGUGAUGUUUCUCAUUUUAUACAGUUAAUCUCUUCACAAUAAAAAAAGACCAUGAUGAGAGAAGCCAAAGGAAAGGGAACACAAAUAGUUAGCACUUAACAAUAAGUUCCCUUGUUUUAAUUGCAGCUUUGUGCUGUGAUGGGGCCACACUACCUGAUUUUAUUUUUAGUAAUCAUUAUAUAUAAAGAUUUGUAGAGGACAUAAGAAAAAUGUUGCUAUAAAAAUGAAAAUGUUCACUGCCAACAUGAUCUGUUUGUAUUCAAGGUAUAAUCGAUCCAGCUGAUCAAAAGAAUACACUGCUUCUUUAUAUUUAAGUUUUUCACCCUUUCAAGAACAUUACAUUAUAAAAUAGAUUUUAUCAUUAUUGUAAACCAAUGCAUCUCUAUGUAUAUUAAAUUGCUCAUGAUCUAUGUGAAA